UAAAAAUGUUUUUAAAAAGACUUUUGUCUUAAAAUUAAUCUACACAAUUUAAGGUUUUUCUAUAAGGUUUAGAUUACUACUUUUGUUAAUCUAAUUCGCAUAGGUCGAGAAAAAAAAACAUUUAUAUAAAAGCAACAAACAAACAGUAUCAAGCAAAACAUAUUUGGAUUAAAUAUUAUCAUACAUAGAUAUGAAUAACAUACAGAAAAAUGGAGGGACAUCAAACACAAUUGAUUCUGCACAACCAAAGCAGCUAGGAAUGACAUCAGCGAUUUCUCUUGCAUUGCCUAAACAAGAAGAUAUUAUGAGAACCGAGGAUUUGGAAAAGAUUUUAGAACCAUAUAAUGUAUUUGAAAGUGAACAAGAAUUAAACCAUCGUAUGGAAAUUUUAGCAAAACUGAACACACUUGUAAAACAAUGGGUGAAAGAUGUUUCUGUUAAAAAAAACAUGCCCGAACAAAUGGCAGAGAAGCUUGGUGGCAAAAUAUAUACAUUUGGUUCUUACCGAUUAGGUGUUCAUCAUAGAGGUGCUGAUAUCGAUGCUCUAUGUGUUGCUCCUCGAAACAUUGAGCGAAGCGACUAUUUUUCAUCAUUUUUUGAACUCUUAAAGCAGCAGUCAGAAGUAACAGAAUGUAGGGCUGUUGAAGAAGCAUUCGUACCUGUCAUAAAAAUGAAUUUCGAUGGAAUUGAAAUUGACCUUUUAUUUGCACGAUUGGCUCUUAAAGAAAUACCAGACAAUUUCGAUUUGCGUGAUGACAUCCUGUUAAAAAAUUUAGAUCCCCGCUGUGUAAGGAGUCUCAAUGGGUGUAGGGUAACUGAUGAAAUUUUACGUUUGGUUCCAAACAUAGAAAAUUUUCGUUUAGCUCUACGUACAAUUAAACUGUGGGCUAAAAAACAUGGUGUUUAUUCAAACUCUUUGGGAUAUUUUGGUGGAGUUUCCUGGGCUAUGCUAGUAGCACGAACGUGUCAAUUGUAUCCAAAUGCCGUUGCUGCAACACUUGUUCAUAAGUUUUUCUUGGUUUUUUCGAGAUGGAAAUUUCCACAACCUGUGCUUUUAAAGCAGCCAGAUAAUGUAAAUCUAGGGUUUGCUGUGUGGGAUCCUCGUGUGAACGCUCAAGACAGGUAUCACUUAAUGCCAAUUAUUACUCCAGCAUAUCCUCAACAAAAUUCGACCUUUAAUGUUUCAAUUUCAACAUCCAAAGUCAUUCAAAAUUCAUUUAAAGAAGGGAUGGAAAUUACUGAUGAAAUUAUGUUGGGAAAAGCUGAUUGGGAUAAACUAUUUCAGCCACCUAACUUUUUCACAAAAUAUCGACAUUUUAUCGUUUUAUUGGUAAGUUCGUCGACAGCUGACGAUCAUCUAGAAUGGUGUGGUUUAAUAGAGUCCAAAAUUCGCAUUCUCAUUGGUAAUUUGGAAAGAAAUCAACACAUUAAUCUUGCACACGUUAAUCCAAAAUGUUUCGAUAAAUCUACUGGAAUUAGUAAGGACAAAAUAAAUACAACAAAUGAUAAUAAAAGCAGUGAAAAAUCAAAUGACAACAAUGAAGAAUCGCAAAGUGAGCCCAACUUCUGCUCGAUGUGGUUUAUUGGUCUUGAAUUUGAGCGUUCUGCAAAUCUAAAUGUUGAUUUAACAGUUAGUAUACAAUCAUUUACGGAUUCUGUACAUAAACAUGCGGUAAAUAUUAAAAUGCUUAAAGAGGGUAUGAAAAUUGAAGCUCGUCAUGUUCGCCGAAAACAAUUAUCUCAAUACAUAGAUAGUAGCUUUGUUAAACGAGAACGAAAGGCAUCAGAAUCAUUAAAUAAUUCGUCGUCUUCAAUGACGCAAUUUGUGAAAAAGCGAUUGUCUGUAGAAUCAAAUUUGAAUGCUAAUCCAAAGCGAAACAAAGUUCAUCACGAAUCAUUUGAUAGCACCAAUGAUUCAACAAAUGAGCUUCUAUUAGAUGAUACAUUGCCAACUGAUUCACCACCUACGCAACAGGUUUGCACGUGAUUAACCAUCUAAUCUUAAGACUGAAGAAGAGUGUAGUUGAUUAAAAUUAUUUUGG